GACAAGCCGAGGUCCGAGACCGAUGCAGACGCCAAGGACGCGGGCAGCGAGGACAAUGACGACGAGGGCGUCAGCCCCAUCGCGCCCAUCCUCCAGCCGUCGCUGCGGUUGCACGUGACGCGACUCGCCCCCGGCGGACGAGUGAGGCCCGAGGCGGAGAGGCAGCGAGGCUCCGCGACAGCAUCCGAGCGACCGGAAGCAUGCCGAGGUCCUGGUCUUGAGACCGGCCGCACAGGACCCGGUCAGCAAUCCCGGUCCCCAAGAUAUGUGUUGCACGGGGGGUAGCGGGGGCGGCACCAGAAUGACGAGGUGCGGUCUCUUCUGUGGCAUGGCUGCCCUGGCGGCUCUCACGGCCGCCCUCCUCGGACCGGCCUGGCUGCACACCGAGGAGCGGCUUCCCUACCUACCGCGCCAACUCGCCGGCCUCGUCAGUGUCAGGUUCAAGCUCGGGCUCUUCCGGGCCUGUCCGAAGAUCAUCAAGCCAGCCAACCUCACCGCCCAUAUAUCGACACCAGCCUGCAGUACGAUUCGCUAUAAAAGUUUAAAUGAUGUUAAUGCAACAGAACUUGGAUUUCAGCGACUUGAAUUUACGCCGAUUGUAGUGACAAAAAUGAGGAUAUCGACGCCGUUUCAAGUGGUAGCCGUAGCUCUGAUCCUCGCCGGAACGAUAUCGGCUUUGAUCGGACAUUGCUGCUCCGAUCACAGGACACUCGUUGCUUGCGGUCUAUUUCUGCUGGGCGGCCUGUCACUGGGCGGCGGCCUUAUCGUCCUGGCCUCAGCCCUCUCCGAAGCCUCCUGGGACCUGCCACAGAAGUUCAGCUUCGCGUCAUCGAACAAGUCGGCGAACACAUCGCUUCCCCAGUACCAAUACGGCUGGUGCCUCCAGCUGUCCGGAUUGGCACUCAUUCUGUCCGAAGUCGCGGCUCUCCUCACCAUAUCCGGCUACAUGGCCCGCUUCCCCACUGUCGAGGACAUGGUGCGAGUGAUGGUGCCAGGGGCGGAAAGAAAAUUACGUGAGCAACGCGGCCUUAGUUCGGAGUACCUAGUAAGGUCACAUCAAAAAUCGCCAGGACCUACUCCUUGCUCCGGUGUCAGUCAGCCAACGAAAGGUCCACCGCGGCUAGCGGACGAGGGUACGUCGCUACUGUGCAAGUCAGCUCCCGACAUUUGCGCCUCGAAUCCGCAAUCGGCCAUCAGCUACGUCGACAAGGCCGACUUAUCCCACAUGCUCCCGGCAUACCCUGAGACAAAGAUAAUCGAGCCUCGCUUCGCAGGCGCUGGAUUCCCCGAAAAGACCGACCAGAAUGUCGUCGACUCUCGACUGAGCGGAUUCGUCGAUAAAGAAGGUCUCAUUAUGGAUUCCCGCAUGCUCUCCGAGUCCCGACAGAACGUAAUCGCCUUUGCCGAGGCUAAGGAGCACCCCAACUGCCAGGAACCACCAGCGCGCUUCAGCGACUUUCCCCCACCACCGCCGGCCAACGGCAUGUCCACCGAGCAGCAGCAGCAGCAGCAGGAACAGCAGCUGGUACAACAGCAGCCGCCCUUAGCGUUCGCCGAUAAAGAAGCACACGCGAGUGACUCCCUCCUUGACGCCCCCUACGGCUACGAGUCGCACUACAAUAGCCUCGCCGGACAAACGGUUCCCAUCACCCUUAAGCACCAGCACCAUCACCAGCAUUACCAGGCCAACGCCUCCGCCCAAUAUAUCUACCAGAAUUUCGGCACGAUACACUCGGGGAUGCUGAGGGUCGCCGAGCCCAGCGUUGCUGCCAACUGCUCGAGCCAGCGCAGCAUGACCCUACAGAACCCUAAAAGGAAGUCAUUGGCCGGGCCCGGUCACAUUGCCCAAAACACCUUCAGCACCCUCGAGUGCGAGAAGCGUCGGCGCGGUGGUGGUGGCGGUGGUGCCGGAAGCGGGCCCGGGAUCGGCGAAGCUCCGCUUUCCGCCGGCUUCUGCGCCGGCAGCGCGGUAUGACCACCGAGCCAAUCUCCUGCCCCGAGGUAACUCCUGAACGAGGAGACUACGCUGUGAGUCUCAGUGGACCGCGACACUCGCC